AAGCCCUUUGGCGCCAGGGCUUCUGCGUGGGUUGUGGGCUUCUUCCCUACUUCAGCCAUCAGCGGCGGGGAAAGCAAAACACUUGGGGAAUGAGGUGUUUUCACAACGUCAUCUGUUUAGUCUAGACGAGGAAUGUUGCUCUUUCACGACAGGAAAGCUGUGGAUUCCAGAAGCUGCAACUCCGACCGGAGACAAGCCUGCACCGGGGCGUCCUGCACCCCGGAGUCCAUCAUGUGGCCUUUGCCUCGCAGAGGGUGGCGGGAACCCCGUGGGGCGGCGACACACCCGAUCUCGGUGGCUCCGGGCCGGUUCCGAGUGCUCAGGCAGCUCCGGACGCGGAGGAAUGCCGGUCUGGGGCGGUGGAAAUAAGUGCGGGGCCUGCGCGAGGACCGUGUACCACGCCGAGGAGGUGCAGUGUGAUGGGCGCAGCUUCCACCGCUGCUGCUUCCUGUGCAUGGUCUGCAGGAAAAAUUUAGACAGCACCACAGUGGCAAUUCAUGAUGAAGAGAUCUACUGCAAAUCUUGCUAUGGAAAAAAGUACGGACCGAAAGGCUAUGGUUACGGCCAGGGCGCUGGCACGCUCAACAUGGACCGUGGUGAGAGGCUGGGCAUCAAGCCAGAGAGCGCUCAGCCUCACAGGCCUACAACAAACCCAAACACUUCGAAAUUUGCCCAGAAAUAUGGAGGUGCUGAGAAGUGUUCCAGGUGUGGGGAUUCUGUCUAUGCUGCCGAGAAGAUAAUCGGAGCCGGGAAGCCCUGGCACAAAAACUGCUUCCGAUGUGCCAAGUGUGGGAAGAGCCUUGAAUCUACAACUCUGACUGAGAAAGAAGGUGAAAUCUAUUGUAAAGGGUGCUAUGCAAAGAACUUUGGGCCCAAGGGAUUUGGCUACGGUCAAGGAGCAGGGGCCCUUGUUCAUGCACAGUGAUGGUGUGAACCCAGAACGAGGCACUGCACACAGAAUCUUCACUACCGAACACAGAUGGCCUUCCAGCACUCACUACUGUGAAACUCGACCAGCACCCGGCACUGUGCAUGACACCUCUACCUGCACAGGCGGGCUGGACGAGACAGCACUGUGCUCGCUCGCUCGCUCAUUUGCUAGCAUUUAAGAGCAUCUCUUUUACAUCUGAAAUAAAGUUUUGGCUUGAUCUGGG